UGCAUCCACGAACGUGCAGCACAUCCCACCCAUCACAUUGAAUUUCUGGGAAGACUUGAUUCAUAUCUCGAGAUUGCUGGAUAUUUUCAGCUGUGGAAGUGUCAAAUCCGACCUGAGCACAAUGACGGGAGGCAGAAGCAGGCAGAGAUCUCACUCUUAUUACAACCCCGAGGACUGCAAGACCUAUGGAAUACAGACACAGACUAAAGAGAUCUAUCAAAGACCUCGUUCAAGGUCUUUUUACAGUUAUGAAACAUCAGAACAUGAGUCCGACAAUGAUUUGGGGCAUCUAUGCAUGUCCAUUCCACUGAUACAAAAAUUGACCACUCCACCCCAGCAUCCUGUGAACAAAAAUGAAAAGUCCAAAUCCAAAGUGAACAAGCACUCACUGUCAAGAGACCAAAAUGGCAGCAGAGGCAAUCUUAAGUGUGUGUCCAUGAUCACCAUCUCUGAAUCGGACAACUGGGAGAUCUGCUCCAGCUCUGGCAUGAAAUACGGCCAGUUCGUGGACUGGGAGAAGAUCGAUCCAGAAGCUUCAGAACGGUACCAGAAGAUACUGGAGAGCGAGCACCAGCGGCUGAAAGCCAUGGGAAGAGAAGGAUUCUGGGCUACGCCUCAUACACUGAGGGCAAAGGCUUACUAUCACAUCAUCCACGGCAUCCAUUCCAGAACCCAAACUGAUAGUGGGUACUGUUCACUAUGCUGUAGGUGCGUCAGUCCAGAAAGAGACAUGUAUUACGAGCUCAGCAGGAAGCUCUUUGGAGAACAAAAGCUCAGCACCCACCCAGUUCCAGAGUACAUGGAAGCAGGAGAAAUACCAAGGCACUGCCUCAAUAAGGCGGGUGUAAAUUCCGUGAAGAAGAUUCUUCUCUGUCUGGGGAAGUACUUCCCAGAAAUGAACUUUUGCCCCAUCCUCCCAGCUUUGGUGUCGCUCAUUUUACAUUUCAGCCAGGACGAAGCAGAAUGUUUCUACAGCGUUUCCAGACUGAUUUGCUACAACGACCCAAAUAAGCGUUACAUUGACCAGACCUUCCUCACAUACCGAGCCUCGUGCAUGACCUUUGGAGACCUUGCAAACAGGUGUUGCCGGGGCAUCCGGAAAUUGAUAGCCAGCUCACACCAGAACCUUUUUGAGUUUUACUCCGACUGGAUCAUGUGGAUCUUUGCUGAUCUUCCAUUCACGUAUGCCAUUAGAGUGCUGGAUGUCUAUCUCCUAGAGGGCUACAAGGUUCUUUACAGGGUGGCAUUGGCUUUGCUGAGCCUCUACAAAGUGUCCGUGUCAUCCAGAGUUGCAGAUGUGGAAGAUUUCCGUACAGACAUGAAAAGGUUUGUGCAGAAUGUGGCUCGCCACUGCACGGCUGAGAAUCUUUUGGAAAGAGCCUUCCUGGUUCCGAUUGCCACGAGGAGAGAACUCAACCUCCUCUUCAAAGCUAACAAGGUCUCCCUCAUGCAAAAAGGGGUCAGCAUCCACCAGAAGAGGCAGUCGGUGGAUACAGUGGACUUUAACAACCUUAGCUCCAGUGUUGUGACAGGAACAGAGAUGAGAGUGGUCUGGGCCUGGAUACCGGAACGCUUUGCCCUUUUCAGUCCCAUUAAGCUGUUCAGUACAACAGAACAUGGAGAAAGUCUCGCCUCAUUCUAUUAUCACGUGGAGGGCCACGAACCUGCAGUGUUGAUCAUCAAAACAGUGGAUGAAGAGGUUUUUGGUGCCUUUAUUUCAUCAGAUAUGGCAGAGCGGCACAAGUACGACACAGAUAAAGCCACAUUUUUUGGAACAUGCGAAUGUUUUGUUUUCACGCUUCGUCCCAGCAUGGAGCGCUACCAACGAGCCAUGGUCAACAUCAUGACCAGGAAAGUCUCCCCUCAGCAGGCUCAGUUCAGCUUCCAGACUGCCUCCAACACAACUCUGACAUGUCCGGCUGGAACGCCGCAAGAUCCCAGCUACUUGACCAUCCCCUUCACUGCCCCCUCACAGGAACAGUUUACUGCCAAGGAGCCGAAAAGAUCCAAGGAACAAGAGGCUUCCAAGUUCAUUGCCGGCAGUGAUGAACGUUUCAUUAUUGGUGGGAACGGAGGCCACGCGCUCUGCUUUCAACAAAACCUCGAGGCAGGCUACACAGAGCCCUGUGACACAUUCAAGAGCCCGCCGCUUUGCAAAAGACAUUUCAAGAUCCAGUCAAUGGAAGUGUGGGGAAUCCAGAACUCGAUUUGCUUUUCUCAGCCUUUUCCCUCCCAGCAAAAUAUAUAGUUCUAUAGUGUCAUCCACAUUGCCUUUGGUUUUACAGUUUUUUUUUAUAUAUAUAUAUAUAUAUACUGUAGAAUACUGCUUAAACUGAUUUUACUGUACCUUUAUAAUAUCUAAACACAUGCCCUUUGGGGACGUGCAAACCCACACACAAUAGGCUGAGGUGAUGCGGUCAGCUGGUCAGCUGCUGUAUGUGGA